UUCCGUUCAAGAAUGGCUUGCAGAGUUGGCAAUGUCCUUCUUCUCCCUUACCUCAACGAUCCGUACACUUAACCUGAUUUCUCACUCUUUGUCUCUUCCCUUUGGCAGUUAAGCUGCUCCAAUCCACACACCCACCUAAUUUCUUUCUCUAAAUUCUAAUACCUCUCAAAAAGUAAACAAAUACUACUCUAACAAUCUCUAUUAUUUUCUGUUACUGGUUUCUCUCAUAAUUCGUUCAUUUAAUGCUUCCCGGCCCACGCGCACAUUCAUUGCUUUCGGCAGGAGAGUUAUCAAGCAGAAGGGAGUAAAUAAAAGAGGAAAAAAAGUAACUUGUUUUGGGUUUUCACUGUUUCAGUGUGAGGAAGAUGCCUCUGGUGAGGUUGCAGGUGAGGAAUGAGUUCAGUUUGGGGCAGCCCGAGUUGUACAGAGAGGCCAGCAAAGAGGACCCUAAAGCUGUGUUGGAUGGUGUGGCUGUGGCUGGUCUUGUUGGGAUCUUGAGGCAACUUGGUGAUCUUGCUGAUUUUGCGGCAGAGGUUUUUCAUGGUCUGCAGGAGCAAGUAUUGACAACAGCUUCCAGGAGUCAUAGAUUGAUGGUUCGUGUUCAAAACAUUGAAGCUUCGCUACCUGCCUUGGAGAAGGCUGUUUUGGCACAAACAAGUCACAUACAUUUAGCUUACACUGCUGGUUGUGAAUGGCAUCAACGCAUAAAACCUGCCCAAAAUCAUUUCAUAUACAAUGACUUGCCUAAUUUUAUUAUGGAUUCAUAUGAAGAAUGUCGUCAACCUCCACGUGUACACUUACUUGAUAAAUUUGAUACUGGUGGCCCAGGAUCUUGUUUCAGGAGAUACUCAGAUCCAACCUUCUUUAAAAGAAUAUCUGCUGAUUCAGAUGAAUCUUACACUGAGAAGACUGAGAAAGCAAGGAAAUCUCAUAAAAGCAAGAAGAAAAGGUCAGGAAGGAAUGGAGAAAUUUUAAGGGGUGAACAGAGACAUAGCACUAGUGGCAGAAUGCAAUCUGUUUCUUCUGCUAUCAAUGGGCGGACUUCUUCCUCACAAACAGCCUCCACUAUAGAUAUGAGAACGAAGUCAGAUCUAGAACAUUAUUCAAAUUCUUUUGAUUCAAAGUCUGGUGCUGGCUACAUUGAAUGUGUUUUCCAUCCAAGUGAUUCUGUGCGUUCUGAUGUGCCAGAUUAUAAAGAACCAUCAUCUAGUAGGUUGACACAGAAAACUGAUACUCUUCCAUCAGUAUCUUCUCAUAUAGAGGAUAGGAUUUCACAUGAUUUGUUGGAAAAACGAGUUGCCUCUAGCACAUCUGGUGUUACUUGGGAUGAAAAGGAAGAGAUAGUAGAAUCUAAAAGUCAAGCCAGUGAUAUAGAUAAAACUCCAGAAGAGAGGCCUGUGGAAAAACAUGACUCAGAUAUGAAUGUGAACGAGGAUGUUACCAUGACAAAUAUUGACCACAAUCAUAUCCUAUUUAAUGAAGAAAGCAACCCGAAACUAGUCUUCAACAGGGUUCAAACUGGUGAUAUUGACAGUGAACCUGAUAAUUACGAGGAUGCUCUCAACACUAUUGAAUCAGAAUCUGAAAACGAUAUUGAUUAUAUAACAAAACGAGAGGUUCAACAAUUCACUUCAAAUGGCACUCAUGGAAACACUGAAUCUCCUCCUAAUUUACUGGACAAUAAUGUUUCUGAUGUCAUUUCCCAGACUGAAUAUACUGUUCCCACAAAUGAUGAAACAGCCAAGGAUUUAGCGGAAUCACUGAAAGAGAAUCAUGUUCUUGAUCUUGUAUCAAAGCCAAAUGCAUCUAAUCUGGUAUCUGUAAGCCCAUCAGAUUUCCUUGAUAGCGAAAACUUAACAAGAGACGCUGCAUCUGUCAACAAAGAAGCUUUCAGGGAUUUGCCCGAGUCACUGCAAGAUACUCUUCUUACAUCAGAGCCACAUGCAUCUAAUUCAGCACCUGUUAGUCCAUCAGAUGUUUCCUAUAGUGAAGAAAUGACCAGAGAUCCAGUUUCCUUCAACAAAGAAAUGUUUGGGAACUUGCCUGAUUCAUUGCAGGAAAUCCUUCCUCUCACCUCAGAAUCAAACGCAUCUGAUUUGGGACUGGGGAGUCCAUCAGAUGUCCUUUAUAGUGAAGAAAUUACUGGAGACAUUGUUUGCUUCAACAAAGAAACGUUCAAGAAUUCCCCCGAAUCGCAAGAAAUUACCCCUCUCACAUCUGAGCCACAUUCAUCUAAUUUGGGAUCUGGGAAUCCAUCAGAUUUUACUUGCAAUGAAGAAACGACCAGAGACACAGUUUCCCUAAACAAAGAAAUGUUCAGUAAUUUACCUGACUCUAUGGAAGACGUUUCUCUUUGCACAUCAGGCCCACAUGCAUCUAAUUUGUCAUCUGUUACUCCAUCAGAUGUUUCUGUUAGCAAAGAAGUAGCCAAUACUAUAACUGAAUCACAUCCUUCUAAGACUCCUGCCAGUGAACAGGUUCCUCACACACAUGGAAAUUCUGUUUUGGAUCACUCAGUAUGCACCAAUAACUAUAUUGGUCCGACUUCUGUUAAUGAUGCUGUGUCAGCUCCAAUUGAAACCAAUGUAUCAUUUUUUGGUUCUAAUAGCACUACUUUGCCAGAUGAGGAAGCAGGUAAGAUCAGCUCCAAUAUCUGCAAAUAUGAAGAGACACGUAAAGAGUCUUUGUCUGAUCACUCAGUUAGAUUCUGGACCAAUGGUGGAUUAUUAGGACUUGAGCCAUCAAAACCUCCUGAUUUUAACAAGUCAAAUUCUAUUAGUCAAGGGCCUUUGAGCACAAAAGGUGAACCAGACGGUGCUUCAGGUCACAAUACAAUGCAAAAGAGCGAUGUUUAUAAAGAGGAACAGGAAUCAACGUCAGAAGAGGUUGCAGAACAGAUUCUAAAGGGGCGAACUUCUAGAUUCGUAACAUGCCAUGAUGAUGACCAAGCUUGCACCUCUGAAAACACAAAUGGCAAUUCUCUGCAGAGCAAUGGGUUUGAUCAGACCGAAAGGAACGGGUCAGGGGAAAUCAGAGUAAUUGCUCCUGGAAGUGGUCUUCCAGUGGCCCCUGAUACAAAGGACAGCACUGAAACCGACCAAGGAAUUGGUGAAAACUCAUCACGAGUGUUUGGACUUAGUCGUAGAUUACUAAUAAAUAGUUUUCAACGGAAAGUUUCAUUUGAUGAAAAAUCAGAACAUUAUAAUUCUCUGAAACAAGUUCUAUUGGAACAGAGUGGAGAAAAUGGUAUUGUGGGACAGUCAUUUCCUGAGACAACCACUUUCAAAGAGAAAGAUGGUUCUGUAUAUCCUAUAAAGUCACUUCCCCCUUCUCCUCCACUUGAACAUAUGAAAAUAUCUUUCCAUCCCAUCAUUGGACUAGAGACCUCCAAACUAAAACUUAAAUUUCCUGAUGGCAAUAAUCGUCAUGAAAGCGUAAACGAUAUAUUUCCUUCUUUCCAGUUGGUCCCUGAAUCUUCUUCCAUUCCUCUGGAUGGCUCAGUUUCUCACUCUGAUGAUGACGACACUUUCUGUAGAUCAUCUCCGUAUAUAUCCGAUGAUUGUCGAAGCCCUCGCUCUGACUAUAACUCUGAUCAAUGGGAAUCUGAUGAAACUCCUGGAAGCAGUGACCAUGGGGUACAUGAUUCUCCUCGCAGAAAGUCAUCAACUGAGUCUGUGUCCAAUGAUGAUACCAAUGUUAAAAGUGGAAACGGUACUUAUACGGCUAAUGGCAUGGAGCAUUCUUUAUCCAGGCCUUUACUUGAUUUUCCAAGUUAUGAUAAUGUUAAUCCUGCACUUGAGAAAGAGAGUAAAAUGCAUUCCAAAUUCAAUAAUGCUGUUAUUCAACAUGGGCAUGCAGAGCCUACAGCGCCUCCACCACCACCUCCACUUCCUCCAACGGAAUGGUGGGUCUCAAAACCGCAGUUGGAUAUGACAAAUGAGACACUGCAUUGUAUAUAUGAAGAUGUUGAACUUGUUAAUGAUCACAGUCUUUCAGAUUCUACUGUCUUCCAGCAACCUAGGUUCACCAAGGUUGAGCAAAUACAAAUUAAUGACGAUGGUCAUGAGUCUUAUGAGAACAUUAUAUAUAACUUGAAGAACAAGCAUUUCCUGCAGCCGGAUCAGCAGAUAUUGAAGGGUCAGAAAGAAACAAACCAAUUGAGAAUGGGAAAGGAGACUGAUGAAAGAGAAGAUUUCCUAUAUCAAAUCAGGACAAAAGCCUUCAACCUGAGGCCCACAGUAACAGGAAAGUCAAAUGAUGCAACUGGUCCCACUGCCAACGUUAAAGUUACAGCAAUUUUAGAAAAGGCAAAUGCAAUUCGUCAGGUUGUUGCAAGUGAUGAUGGUGAAGAUGAUGAUAACUGGAGUGAUACAUGACAAUUUUUUUUUUUGUUUCAUACAUGAGCUGCCCCUUAUGUUUUUUAGCCUCCUGAAGUGAAGUUGCAUGAGGCUUUGUUGUAUGUACGCAUGUGUGAAUAAAUCUUGUUUAUUUGUUAUUAAUUUUAGUGCAAUUUCUUUUAUUAUCUA